GCGACUGCGGGGCAAGAUGCCGGAGCAGAGCAACGACUACCGGGUGGUUGUGUUCGGGGCCGGCGGCGUGGGCAAGAGCUCGCUGGUGCUGCGCUUCGUCAAGGGGACCUUCCGCGACACCUACAUCCCGACCAUCGAGGACACCUACCGGCAGGUGAUCAGCUGCGACAAGAGCGUGUGCACGCUGCAGAUCACCGACACCACCGGCAGCCACCAGUUCCCGGCCAUGCAGCGCCUGUCCAUCUCCAAGGGCCAUGCCUUCAUCCUGGUCUUCUCGGUCACCAGCAAGCAGUCGCUGGAGGAGCUGAAGCCGAUCUACCAGCAGAUCGUGCAGAUCAAGGGCAGCGUGGAGAGCAUCCCCAUCAUGCUGGUGGGCAACAAGUGCGACGAGACGCAGCGCGAGGUGGAGAGCAGGGAGGGGGAGGCCAUGGCCAAGGAGUGGAAAUGCGCCUUCAUGGAGACCUCGGCCAAGAUGAACUACAACGUCAAGGAGCUCUUCCAGGAGCUGCUGAACCUGGAGAAGAGGAGGAACGUCAGCCUCACCAUCGACGGGAAGCGCUCCAGCAAGCAGAAGAGGACAGACAAAAUCAAGGGGAAGUGCAGCAUCAUGUAGAGCCCCGGACUGGCCCGCGCCCCCUCCCCACAUCCCGGUGUCCCCCUCCCCUCCUCCCCCCCACGGCUGGACAGUGGCAGUGGCAUCGCAGCGGGACCGUCCCUCGUCCUCCGUGUGCCAUCACUGUGACUGUGCGGGGACAGGGUGAGGACGGGG